CAAACAAACAAACAAAACAAAUCUGACAAAUUGGCAAAUUGUCGUCUGUUGCCGAUUUAUUGUUGAUUUUUGUCGUCUGACAAAUCACGUGUCUAUUCCUCCUGUCACCACUAAUUACAAGUUAAUAAUUAUGGCGAAUCAGAGCUCUGAAGCCGAUUCAUUCUCUCUCAUUAUUGAAACCAAUUAUGAGCCAAGUUUGUCUGCCGGUGCAGAUGCGGCUCGUUACUAUCUUUCUAAGUCCGUAAAAGACUCAACUAAACAGCAGUACACUCGUGUGUAUGACAUCUGGACAGAUUUUUGUAAGAAGAACGGCGUACCAGAGUUCGGAGCCGAUCAUGAACAGUUGGCCGCCUGUCUCUCUCUCGUGAUGCUGGAAGAUGGAUCGUAUUCUAAAGUCGUGACACUGAGUGCAGCAAUCGCACAUGAAUACCGCACCCGUAUGCUACAAUCACCGACCACCCACGAGACUAUAUCAUUGCUUUUCCGCGGAUUUCGUAAUGAGCAUCCCCAAACACGUGUCACCAAAUCGCCUAUAACCAAAGAGAUCCUAUCCAAAAUGUACUCACACCUCUUCCGACCUGAACAUGGAAGAGAUGGAUUAAGAGCGUCUGUUGUUCUCUGGAGAACGGUCUGGAGAAUAUCGUUGGAGUAUUACACCCUCGGUCGGUUUAGCGACAUAGCCAAGCUGCAAAAGAAAGAUGUCGUCUAUAAACCAACUCCGUCUCCGCAUCUCAAGAUUUUAUUUAAAGGUGGAAAAAACGACCAGUAUUCGGAGGGAAGCGAGAGGAUUGUCGCUUCGAAUCCUGACGACAAGAUUUGCCCUGUCAAACUUACUAUUAAUUAUUUUCAGUUUUUGGGGCCCAUAUACUCUGGUUAUCUGGUCCCUUCUUGUACCCCAAAGAACACACCAAAUCCGAACAAGGCAGUAUCAUACAGCGGAGCUCUAUGCGACAUGAAAAAACUGAUGUCUACGUUGGGGUAUGACGCAAAACUUUACGGCGAGCACUCCGGAAAGAGAGGGGGAGCAACUACAGCCGCGGCCAACGGAGCAACUGAUAAACAAUUGAAACGUCUUGGAGGUUGGCGGUCUGAUACGAUGGCCGCUAAAUAUGUUGAUCUCUCAAUUAAUAGUCGGAUUUCAAUGUCACAACUAUUACAAAAAUAA